AUGCCUGCCAAAACCCUCACCAUCGGAGGGGGCAGCAUCAGCGUCCAAGUUCUUGAAGGUUCAUCAACUUACCUGACGUGGAACCAAGACAUCAAGUCUGCGUGCACGCGUCAGAAGAUCUGGAAGUUGGUCACGGGUGAAGAGAAAGUCCUGGAGAAGCCAGAACGACCACCUGCCGGCUCGAAGGUUGAAGAUCGCGAAACGUACAAAUGGGACAGGGAGGAUUUUGAGAAACAACAGGAACAAAUCAAAGACGCCCUUGAAAUCCUGACCGAAUCCGUCCAUGCCUCCAUUCGCGCCAGCAUUCUCGACUUCAACACUCCGAAAGAGAUCUUCGAUCAUCUGAAAGCGCAAUAUGAGCCCAACAAAUCUCGCAGCCUCAUCACCGCGCUCAAUCAGAUGGAAGGCAUCAGCUGGAAGGCAAACACCAACAUCACCACUCUUACCAAUCUCCUCCGGCAAGCGAAGAUAAAUAUCGAGGCUGCUGACGGUAAAUACGACAACGCGCUGAUGAUCGCAAAACUCUCUCGCACUCUUCCGAAAGAAUAUGACGACUUCAUCUCCCGCAACAUCGAUCUUACCGCAACCAUGCCUACCUUCGACGCCCUCAUCACAGACCUCAUCUCGUAUGAGGCUCGUUUUGUUCAUCGCCAUAAGUCAACCACUCAAGAAGCCGAGGGUAAAGAGGAUGGCAAGAAGGACAAAAAGAAGAAGAGUGAUCGACCUCGCUGUGAUAAACCCCCUGGCUGCGGCCUCUAUGGUCACACCAACAAUGAAUGUCGCAAGCUCCAUCCUGAGCUCGGUCCCAUUCCCAGCAAGAAGGACGGUACCAACGACAAGAAGGCCGAGUCGAACAACGGUAAAGACAACAAUAAGUCCGGCCAGCACUCGCAGUCUGGUCAAGCAAAGCCGAAGGUUGUUCAAGAGCUUGGUGCCAUGGUCUAUGUCGACGAACAACACCUCCAGCGUCAACUCGCUGACACGAAGAAGUAUCAUUCUGAGAACGCCCUGAGUACGUCAUCUUCCCCAGCCUCGACACCACCCAAAACCCAUGCUGAUGUCUCCCUCCAGAUCGUCCAAUUUAGGCGCAAAGGAAAGCUCAGUAAUGAGGAAACGGGUGGUGGACCACGAGGACUGGAUGGCGGAAAGGGGCAGGUGGAUUACCACAGCGCACCUAUGGCGCGUUCUCAGAAUAGCUUCCGUAAUGCAAACACCACAACGAUAGUGUUUCACAACUACUUCUCUCCCUUAUCCUCUGUAUCCUUGGAGUCAUCGCCCGGGUCCGCCAGAACGAAGCGUCGUAACGCUAAUCGUCGACGAGCCAAAGGGGGUAGGAAGACUGAAUCCGAGGCAAUCAUCGCCCGCACCGAACCGAAAGUUUGCGGCUCAGUGUAUGGCACAUAUGUCCUUGUUACAGGAGUUGUCAGCACUUUCCUCUGUAUCGUCCUGGCAACGGGCUGGUACACCCACGCCAUGGUAAUUGUCGGAACCCUUGUCCUCCUCGGCCGGGAGCGACAAAAGACCAUCUCUCGGCAGGCGGAAGAGGAUACCCAAGAGGCGAUACAUAUCCUGCGCUCAAUGAACCAUACCAUUGAAGACUCUCUGCGCCUGCCACGUCGUACUCGUCGAACCGAUCGCGGCAACAUAAACGGGCUGUUCGAUCAGAAUCGGUCAGCACCUGCAGUCUCCGUUUUGGGGGAGACCCAGCAGACCUCGCAGUACGCCGCCACCGAAACCGAUACGAGAAGGAACAGUUGGCUCCUCGACUCCGGUGCCAGUGUACACAUCGUCAACAGCCUCGACUUUGUUGUGAAGUCGCGACCAUUUAGUCUCGAGGUUGGGACAGCAGACGGGGAAGGGUCGAUGCAGGUCCUAGGGGAGAUGACAGUUAAACUGCCACUUAUAUCUCCUGAUGGGGAGCGUCAGACGAACCUCACCAUCAAAGAAUGUCUCUUCAUCCCAUCGAGUAGAUGCAAUCUCUUAUCGCUGUCAAAGCUCGCUGAAUCGGAGCUGAACCUCACCGGUGUCUGGAAUCGCUCUCAUAUCACGAUCGAAUAUGAUGUCGACGGUGAUAGGCAGAUCAUCGGAGUGGCUGACAUUCAGGACAAACUGCCCAUCCUGCGCCUGUAUCGUGAGGAAAGCCUGAUCAAACCCGACAUGGAGAAUUUAGCUCUCAACAUCGAUUUCAAAGAUCCUGUGUGGUCAUGGCACUCACGUCUAGGUCACCCCAGUAUCGAAGUCAUGCGCUAUCUUCCGGACACUGUCGACGGCCUCAACAUCACCAAGGCGCAGAUAAACGCGAAGAGAGGCGCGAUCUGCCCGAUCUGCGCCAUCACCAAAGCCACGGUUCGGAUACCAAGAGAUCCAGCUCGACGACGUGGCACUCGUCCAGGGGAGAUAAUGCACUCAGACUCAUGGGGCCCAUACCCAGUUGUGGGUGUUCAAGGAGUCCGGUUCGCAUUGUUCCUCAUUGAUGACUUUAGUCGGUACACCUGGGUAAUCUUUGCCCCCGAUAAGGAAGGUAUGGCGGACCGCCUGAUUCUUCUCCUUCGCGAGGUACAAAAUGUCCAUCAAUUUAAGCUCGGAACUAUCCGAUUGGAUCAAGAGGUUGGUCGUGUGGAGAAGUUCAAGUUGUGGGCAGCGAAACAUGGAGUUCAUAUCGACGACACCGUACCAUACCAACAUUAUCAGAACGGUGUUGCGGAAAGAAACAACCGUACGGUUGCAACCACGACCAAUACUCUCAUCCUACCAGCCAACUACAAUCAUGUUAUCAUUCGAGCGCUUGAGGGGAGACAACGGGAGAUUCUUGCCAAUACAAGUCUUCCGGAGACACUAUGGCCAUACGCAAUGCGGCACGCCGUAUGGGUGAAGAAUCGCUUACCGACUCGGGCUAAUAAGGAUCGCCUCACGCCAUGGAAGAUGCUCAAGGAUCAAUCGCCUGACGUCACCCAUGAGAAAACCUGGGGUAGUCGCGUAUACCUCACGAGACCUCACGAACAACGUCUCAGGACAAGACAACCAAAACUAAGCCCACGGGCUGACCCUGGACACUUCAUCGGCUUCGAAAGCGAAGCAAUCUUGUACGUGUACGACCUCGAGAAAAAGAAGGUUAUUCGAUGUGGUACCGACAUACGUGUUGCCGAGCGAGAAGGCUUACAUUUCGCUCACGACGAGCCCAGCUUAAAGGAUCGUCUUCCGGAGUGGAAUGUACCCACUGGGGAUGAUGACCAAGUCAGCGACGAACACGAAGAUUCUGGAGAUGACGCCGGUGUCGAAGAUGAAGCGAUCAACGAAGCCGAUGACGAUGCAGCUUCUGACCGUGUCCCCUGUUGCGAUGACGAUGCAGCCUCCGACCGUGUCCCCUAUUGCGAGGACGAUACAGCUCCUAACUCUGUCUCUCACCGCGAGGAUGAUGGAGCGUCUGCUCGCGUCCCGCAUUGCGAGAAUGAGGGAGUUUCCGGCAAUAUUGAUUGGCGACCUACCGAUGAGCAAGACACCCUUAAUCCUCCGAACUUGCCAACCGCGGACGACACGUCGAACAUCCCCGAGAUUGACUCUCUCUCCAUACGAGACAAGGACGCUCAAAUGGAUAACGCGGAUCGGCGAAUAAGUCAACGUGAAAGUGAGACCGAUUCAGAGGAGGAAGCUCGACGUCAACAGGCCAUGUGGGAGAUCACGGACGCAGAAUACGGCUUUAAUGAUUACGAUUAUGACGACUUCGGUAGUGGCGCCUACUACGUCGCUAUGCUGGCGGAUAAGAUUUCUCGCUACAAACCAAAAGAAGACUGGGGUGAGCGACAGCGAGCGGCGCCGACCCAAGACCGCAUUGUGAACUGCGAAGAUUGUGGUAAACCGUGUACUAUGCACGGGAGUUUCGUCACCGAGAAGGGGCGACUAUGUUUGGCAUGCGCCUCGCUGAUUCCGGAUCCAAAAGUGUGCUCCAGAUGUCAGAUGAAUUUCAAGAACUAUUGCCACUCUCAGAUCGGUAAGGUCUGUCAAUCGUGCUCAGUUAAACUCAUGGAGGAUGACGAUAGCGAUGUCACGAGAUGUGACCAAUGCUUCAAGCUGGCCAAACGCGUUCUUCCUACACAGCAUGGCCACCUUUGUUCCAGCUGCGCUCGAAAGAUUCCCAACCCCUCUACUUGCCCGGUAUGUGGCAAGGGUGCUUCAAAGUGGCACCACUCGCUGGGAGGCAAGAUAUGUGGUCCUUGUUACAAGGUUGCGCAGAGAAAGGCCGAAAGACGGAAAGUCGAAUGUACCGAAUGCUAUCAUAUGGGUCGUGAAUGCGACUAUAACGUCCCGUGUUCCAACUGUGUCACGCACGGAAAGAGAUGCUUCGGCCUUCAGAAAAAGAACGGGAAACCUCCACAACGAUACAUCGAUAAAUGUUUCAGCUGCGCAACACGUAAUAUUCUUUGUAGCGGCAAAAGACCGUGUGGCUCCGACCUGUGCAAGAAGUGGGCUGGAAAAUGUAUCUACUGGAAGGGCGACGGCUGGGAGACACUUGAACCCUGCAUGUCAUGCCAGAAAGCAGGGGGUCCCGGUUUCAAAUGUGAUGGCGGACGACCAUGCGGGCAAUGCAAGCAGGGCGCCUUGAAAUGGUGCUAUGAAGUUGACGUUCCCAAUAUCGUGCUGAGAUGUUUCCCCAUUACGGAGAAAGGUCUGGAGAUCAUACGUCGCGCCACUGAGAAGUGCCGAUCGUGUACCGCCGACAGCAAAGGUUUCCAGUGCUCUGGAAGAGACGGAUAUGCACCCUGCGUACAAUGCGUCAAAAAUAAUCACGUUCUUUACUGCUCGUGGGGCGAUGGGGAGAGCCUGGUUAAGAUUCCUACUAAACCAUGGUCAAUUUCAUCAUCUAUCAACUCGGACGGCGAAGAAACAACACACAAAGAACUUGACCCGAUCAUAUCCAAAUGGUCCGCCUUCGAGGUUGAGAAAGCCUUUCGACAUGGGGGUAUGUUUCAGGAUCGUGAAGCGUCCCAGGAUCAGAUGAAACGUGUGAAAGCUCGGAAGGAAUCAGAAUUUUACGCUGCCAACUCAGACGAAGAAGCCACAGACCUCACGGUGCCUGGAAAUCAGCAACCCAGCAGCACAUCCAUCUUCGUUGUACCCACCACUAGCGCGAUCACGGAAGCUGAACAGGAAUUUGUCUCCUUAUUUCCCAACGGCUAUGAAAUUAUACCUACCAGUGCGGAAGACUUACAAUGCGCUCUUUACGCUAUCGCGGAAUCGCUCAAAAGCAUGAAAGACCGAGGAAUGGAUGUCCCAAUACCUACGAUUGACGAACUCAUCCUAGUGUCAGAAGAUGCGUAUGUGAAGGCAGAGUUCGACGCAUUCUUAGUCAAUGGUACAGAGGCGAAUCGAAACCAUUGGAGCGCCGACCAGGCCGGCGCUAUAGCAAAUUAUUGGGCAAAGGCAUGGCACGGAGUGGAAAUACGGGUCGGCUGCGUUCAGCCCGGCCGUAAGCCCAUGCUCACGCCUUAUCAGACUGGUGAUGAUAAUAGGCGGCCGAUCACCGUCUUUAUCUACAACAAUGCUAGGCAAGGGAGAUACUCAUCGGCUGAAGAUCCAGCUCAUUUCUCCGGUCUGCGCCCGAAGCAAACCCGCAAGCAUAGCUUGGGUGACACGUACGAGACACCCAGUGCACCUAACGACAAAGACGACAACGGUGACAGCGACUUGGGGGAGCAGGAAGAUGAUAUCCUGGGCAUAAAGAUUAGAGACACCACCGAGUCUUCGAGGAAGAAGAUCCGAUCCUGGGGCUUCGUCGGGCAUACAGGCACGUUGAGCGAUAGCCGGCAGCUGGCAUUGAUGCCCGAACCCACCUCAUACAAAGCAGCUAUGAAUGGACCAGAGAAGACCCAAUGGAUGACGGCGAUGAAGGCUGAAUACAAUGGCCUUGAAGACAACGGUACCUGGACGAUCGUCACCUGGCCCGCGGGAGUGAAGCCGAUCACGACUAAGUGGGUUUACAAGCGUAAGCUUGAUGCUUGUGGAGCAAUCGCUAGAUACAAGGCUAGGCUGUGUGCACGAGGCUUUCAGCAGAUCCUAGGCAUCGAUUUCCACGAAUCAUACGCGCCUGUCUCGAAGCAUACUUCCUACCGAAUACUGUUCACUUUGUCCGUAUCCCUCGGCUGGUUUAUUCAUCAGGUCGAUAUCAUCCAAGCAUUUCUGAACAGCCUACUGCGAGAGUGUGUCUAUAUUCGGGCACCAACUGGUUUUCCUUUGAAGAAAGGUCAACUUCUGCGCCUGAAUAAAGCGCUUUAUGGUCUCAAACAGGCAGCGCGAGAAUGGUAUUUAACCUUGAGCUCCGCACUCACCAAACAAGGGUGGCGAGUAUCAAGAUAUGACGACUGCAUCUUCAUUCAUGAAGACCUCAAGCUGUACAAGUCAAUCUGGGUCGAUGAUAUUGCCAUCUUUGGGAAGGAUCGGAGCUCCAUCGAACAGAAGAAGCUUGAUUUGAGCUCCGUGUUCAAACUGACGGACGAGGGCGAAUGUCGGUACUAUCUCGGAAUGAAUAUUACUCGCAGGGGUAAUUACAUUCACAUGACGCAGGAGACUUACUUUACUCAGGCCUUGAAGGUCUACGGAUUAUGGGACAUCCCUGGCAAAUCAUCGCCGCUCAACCCAAAGAUACGACUUGCAAAGAGUGGCAUUGCUGAGGCCUCGGAGACAUUUCCGCCGCGAGAAUACUCCUUACCUGAGUGCGACCCAAAGUUCAAAACACUCUUUCAGUCAAAAGUCGGGAAGCUCAACUUCCCUGCAAACAUCACUCGACCAGAUCUGGCAUUCCCGGUUGGCUACGUGGCUAGAUAUAGUGCGAAUCCGACUCAAGAGCAUAUGGAUGCCGUCGAUCAUAUCUUUGCAUACGUCAAAAAUACGAUUAGUCUGGGUCUCAAGAUACAGCUUUCAACUACAGCACUCACGCUAGAAGGCUAUGUUGACAGCGAUUUCGCGGGAUGUGUCGACACGAGGAAAUCAACAACGGGCUGGAUAUUCUUUCUGGGAGGCAGCGCAAUCUCGUGGAAAUCGAAACGUCAGACAAUCACGACGACAUCCACCUGCGAAGCGGAGUAUGUUGCUCUGGAUAACGCCGCAAAAGAGGCGAUAUAUCUGAAAAACUUCAUCAACGAUCUCAAAGUGGAGGGACUCUCAGUGUUUGAAAAAGUACGAAUUCAUAUCGACAACGAUUCUGCUAAUGCAGUCGCCAACAAUCCUGGCAACUCCAAUCGGCUCAAACACCUCGAAGUCAGUUACCAUUUUGUUAGGGAAAAGAUUCAACAGGGAGAAAUCGAACUCGUGCGAGUCCCAUCGUCGGAAAACAUCGCUGACAUGCUGACGAAGCCGUUGAAUGGAACGGUGAUUCAGUAUCUCAGGGAGAAGGCUGGUCUCUACUGA